AUGGAAACCCGGGAAACAAUCGUACCUCCUGCCCUUCAGAAAGGCGACACUAUCGCUUUCGUCUCUCCCUCAUCGCGAGUAAACACCUUAUUCGCCCGCCGCAUCCAAAAGGCCACCUCAUUCUUCCAAGACAGUGGCUUUAAAGUCAAAGUCAUCUAUAACGAAACACUGCCUUCGGAUCACUUAUCCGCCAUUAAACUCCGCUGCUCGGAACUGCACUCCGCCUUUGCCGACCCUGGUGUUAAAGCAAUAAUUUGCACGAUAGGUGGCAUUACCGCAAACGAAUUGCUACCUCACCUGGACUACGACUUGAUACGCGAAAGUCCAAAGAUCUUUUGUGGUUAUUCAGAUAUUACGAUCUUGCAUCAUGCAUUCUUUACGCAGUGUGGAUUGAGGACAUUCUAUGGUCCUGCUGUGAUUCCUGAGUUUGGUGAGACAGAUGGGCCCAUGGAGUUUAUAGCGAACAACUUCUUCAAGAUGGUGAUGAAGAAGGUGGAAAGGGAGAGUAUACCACGCUCUGCGACGCACACACUGGAGUUUAAGAACUGGUUGUCUACGGAUGAGGCCGAUGAGCCACGAGCACUAAUACCUGCGCCCCAAUGGAAAUGGCUCAAGCCUGGAAAGGUGCAAGGCAGACUCUAUGGUGGAUGUCUUCCUUCUGUUGUCCAGCUUUUCGGUACAAAGUACCUGCCCGACUAUACUGGACACAUUCUGCUCUUGGAACUGCCAGAGGGUGAUAAGCCAGGUGUCCCCUUCUCACUCGAUUUUGCCCGGUCCGCAAUGGCUGAUUUGCGUAAUGCCGGCAUACUAGAAAAGGUCGCUGGUAUGGUUGUUGGAAGACCAUACAUGUAUGAUGAGAAGAUGACCACUGCGUUUGAGAAGAUGGUGGUUGACCAGAGUUAUGGCUUGAAUAUUCCGAUACUCGCCGGUGUCGACACCGGACACUCGGAUCCCAUGCUUACGUUACCCCUGGACGCGAUGGUGUCGCUUGAUUCGUCAGCUGCAGAGAAUGAGCAAUUUCUAGUGUUAGAAAGAGUCGUUAGGACAUGA